GUUAGUUGUCUGCCUGCUCCCUCAGCCUCAACAACUUUUUUUUUUCUUUCCCCAAAAGUAAACUUCUUUUCCGAGUUUACCACGCCACAGGUAUGUGUUGACGUAAAUACCUAGGCGUCAUUCUUGUGAAACCUUGGAAGGUUAUUCCUUGUUCCUGACAGGCAGUUCUUGUUAUCGCAUUCACGCCUGUCGUCUCUUACCGUGUACGCCAUGGGGCGCCCAGGCUUAUCGCAAGCCUCGAAGGCGUCGGUUAAUCGACAAAAGGGCUCUGUUCAGGUCCGUCGCGUGACGUCUAGUGAUGCCUUUCCAACAGAUUUCCUCAACUUCUUGAAUGCGCUUCCGUCUGAUAGCGCCUCGCGCAAUACAACUGAUCCCUCACAAAAUGCAACCAAGCAGACUGAACCCCCUAGAAAACGCCCUCGAAUCGAAUGCUUCGAAGCAAUCCCUAUUGCGAGAGAUUCACUUACUUUCAAGCGACCUGUUCAAACCGAAGUAUCCCUUGAUGAACUAAUCUUAUGCGUGAAUGUCCACCAUCACAUGAAGCUACAUCAUGAUGAACAACUACGGGUUUUAACUAUCUCCUCUAAUGCGCGAUCUCCCUAUGGCGCAUUCAAAACUGAGCUGGACUUAGGUCGUCACACAUUCUCCAAGAGCACACUGGCAAUAUUGAAUGUGAUGAGCCGCAGCCGAGACGCUGACGGCGAUGAAGGCGCACUUUGGGUAGGCGUCAGUGUUAGCCUGGAGAGGAAAAAUAACAGAGACCAACUCCAGCUCUCCCUUCAGCUGAAUUGGAAUUCAACCCAUUCACCCCAUUCACUACGGAGUUCCGCUGAGCGCGCUCUUAGUCAACAAGUUCUAGAUACCUUCUUCACAAACCAGACCCAAGAGCAAGGUGCUGCCAAUGAGAAGCUUUCCCCUCAGGCUUUUUACGAUGCAGCAUUUGUUCCGGAAAAGGAUCCCGUAAGCCCAUUACCCCUCUCAGCUCCUAAGUUGAUGACCUCGAAGCUGUUCCCCUUCCAACGUAGGGCACUACAAUGGCUUUUGAAUAGAGAAGGUGUCAAAUGGAGUGAUCGUUGUUCAAAUGGGAAGCCUGGCCUGGAGCCGUUAUCUCCGCCGUCAGCCAACAGCCUGCCAUUGUCAUUCAGCAUGGUAAAUGAUGCAGACGGUCGGUUAGUAUACAUCAGCAAUCUCUACCACGUCAUUACUAGAGAUAUUAGCGCGUUCCGUAAGAGUGAAACUGCUGUGAAAGGUGGCAUUCUAGCCGAAGAAAUGGGCUUGGGAAAGACAGUUGAGACGAUUGCCCUUAUCUGCAUGCAUAGGCGUGAUAAUCUUCUGCACCUAAAUACCAACACAGCUCAGAACGAGCGGCCAAGUGGUGCAACACUAAUCGUCACUCCCACUACACUCAGGAACCAAUGGGUCUCAGAAUUUAAGAAGCAUGCACCACAUCUCCGUGGGAUGGUGUAUGAGGGCCUAAAGGGUGUUAGUGAAGAUGAACAACGAUUUGUCUCCGAACUAGUAAAGAAAGACGUUGUCAUCACGACUUACAAUGUUCUGCAGGCCGAGAUCCAUUAUGCGGCAGAGCCCCCUGAUCGCUCUAUGCGACACCAAAGAAAAUACCACCGCCCCAAAUCGCCGUUGACUCAGAUCUCCUGGUGGAGAGUAUGUUUAGAUGAAGCUCAACAAAUCGAGAGCGGCGUUAGUAGCGCUGCCAAGGUUGCAAGACUAAUACCUCGUAUCAAUGCUUGGGGUAUCACUGGAACGCCGGCCAAGACGAACAUUAAGGACCUAUGGGGCUUAUUGCUUUUUCUUCGAUAUGAGCCGUUUGCCUCCUCCUUCAACAUAUGGGAGGGUCUGAUAUCAACCCAUAAGGAAUUGUUUAAACCUCUUUUCAACAGCAUUUCCUUACGACACACAAAGCGCGCAGUCAGAAGCGAGCUAAGUCUACCACCUCAAAAACGGUAUGUCAUAACCAUGCCUUUCAAUACGGUCGAGGAGCAGCAUUACCAGACAGAAUUCAAAGAUCUCGUGAUGAAGUUCGGCCUUGAUGAGCACGGAUCGCCUCUUCAGGGAGAUUGGGACCCCGAGAACCCGUUGAUAAUCGAUUCAAUGAAACGUGCCCUUUCUCUGCUCAGAAAGUCAAUAUUGCACCCGUCUAUCGGAUCCGGCCGAAUUCAUCAAACAACAAAUCAGAGGAACAAGGGCCCUCCAACAAUUGAAGAGGUGCUAGAAGCCAUGAUCGAGCAAUCAGAUUCUUUUAUCAGGGCAGAGCAGCGUAUUUAUUUACUCAGCAAGCUAGAGAGAGGCCAGUUAUUGGAGUACCGGUCUGAGGUGGACGCGGCCAUUCAGCUUUGGCAGGAAGUAGUAGAUGAGGUUACAGUCCUAGAAGAAGAAUGCCGAAAGCAACUAGAAAGCGAGCUAGAAAAGGCUAAACAAGCAGGUUCUAGCGACAUGUUCAUGGAGGAUGAAGGCAGCGAUGCCGAGAGUGAUGAUGAUACCGACGAGAAAACGGCGCUCGGAAAGGUCAGCGAAUGCCGACGAAAACUCCGAUCUAUGCUCGAUCUUCACCAUAGAGCCGUUUUCUUCAUCGCCAGCGGCUAUUUCCAGAUCAAAUCUGAUGAGAAGAGGACGGUUCCUAAUUCGGAGGGAUUCAAACUGCUAGAGGAGAAGGAGGUCUCCGGGUAUGAUGCAGCGAAGAAUAUUCGAAAAGAGAUUCUACGUGAGGCGCGGGCCAAAGCUUUGUCCUGCAUUACUAGGAUUCGAGAAAAGGCGUCGUCGCAAUCGUUCACCGAGGUUCCCGAAGUUAGACUGCCUGAGUUUCGGGGCCUAGAGACUAGGCGAAUUUCGGAUAGCUUCAAGGUGCUCGCCGGUGCUCUCGAUGUUCAGGCAGAUUUGAUCGAUGAAUGGCGAGAAACCGUUAUUCAAAUGUUAAUCCGGCCACUUGUAGACGAGGAGGAAGAAGCAGAGAUCACGGGCGAUGAAUACGAGGACUCAACCAAAAUCCAGGAUGAACUGAUGGUAUAUACGCUGGCUUUGAGAGCCGUAAUAGCCGACAGACGGGAUGCGAUGUCCGGCCUGGAGAACGAGCGGGUUAAAUACGAUACUCGCUUCGCAGAGCGACAAGCUCAAGCUGGAGAAGGCCAUGCCCCCGAAAAAGUUCUUGUCUUACUUCGAAAGCGCGACAGAAUCAAGCAGCUAUAUCUAGGAACCUCGUUCCGAGCCAUCGUUACGGAUCUUCGAGAGUUGGCAACGAAACUCCGCCAUGAUAUCAGCAACGGAAGCAGUCGUGCGAGGGUUGAGCUGCACAUCGUCGAAGGGCAUCUGAAGCUGACGCAAGAGCAGAGCAACGCACAGAACAAGGCGGCGACAGCUUUAGAGCGAGAGUUGGACACUUUUACGGCGGCGAUGAAUGCGCGCGUGGAAUACUACAGGCAGCUGCAGAGCAUUUCUGAUAACGUUGCUCCGCUUGACGCAACCCAACUCCCAGAUGAUGAUCCGUAUUCUGCGGCGGUAGAAAAAGAGUAUGAGAUGCAAGAGCGAGAGAAAGCCUCAAAGGACAAAUUUACCGCAGCUCUGCCUAAGCAUCGUUACCUCCUCCACCUCAGAGAAGCGGGUCAGAAGUCAGAAGAAGUCUGUGUUAUCUGCCAGGGUGCUUUCACUCUAGGAGUGCUUACUGUCUGUGGGCAUCACUUCUGCAAAGAGUGUAUCGUGACUUGGCUUAAGAAAGUCCACAUUUGUCCCGUCUGCAAGAUGAAACUUUCGUCAUCAAAUCUUCACGAUAUUACGCUGAAAAAGCAAGAGUUGAAAUUCCACCAAGAACACCCGCAAGAGAGCUCGCAAGCAUCGGACCAGGCCAGUGCGCUUACCAAGUUCAAGAAGUCGGGUAUCUAUUCCGAAUUCAGCAGCGAUAAACUCGACGCCAUCAAGGCUAUCGAUCUCAACGGCCCUUCAUUCGCUACUAAGAUCGAUACUCUAGCGAAGCAUCUGCUGUGGCUACGUGUUGAAGACCCAGGCGCCAAGUCUGUCAUCUUCUCCCAGUUCGGCGAGUUCCUCGAGAUCCUCGGCCGAGCUUUCGACCAAUACCAAAUCGGGCAUUCUUCUUUCAAGCAGAAGAACGGUAUCAAUACGUUCAAGGAGGACCCCGCUAUCGAAUGCUUCCUCAUGGAUGCCAGAGCGCACGCUAGCGGUCUCAACCUCGUCAACGCAAGCCACGUGUUCCUAUGCGAGCCCCUCCUCAACACGGCAUUGGAACUGCAGGCGAUCGCCCGAGUAGACCGGAUCGGGCAGGAGCACGAGACGACGGUAUGGCUAUAUCUGAUAGAUGGCACGGUCGAGGAGUCCAUCUAUAACCUUUCUGUCCAGCGGCGCCUGGAACACCUCGGCCAGAGCACCAAAGGAAAGGAGAAGGAGCAAGAGUCCAGCGCGGAGGUCUCGGAUCUCAAUCUCGAGGCGGCAAACUCUCUAGAGCUCCAGCAGGCCACCCUGUCGAAGCUCAUGAGCAAGGAUCAGAGCAUGGGAGAAGUCGUCGAGCAGAACGACCUCUGGCAGUGCUUGUUCGGCCACGUUACCAGGAACGAGGCGGCUGCCGACGAGCGGAUGAACGAUCCUGCUGUCAUUGGCUUCCUCGCUGGCGCGGCGGCGGAGGCUAGACGACAACAGGACUAAGUAACGGUUUUGAUUCGGUGGUGUGUAAAUACGUACGUCCCCGGCCCUGCGAUUACAUACCCCCCGGUACUUGACGAUGUAUAAAAUAAGCACUUAAUCACCCCUGUACGUACGAUACGAUAUGAUACGACGCGAUAUGUAAGUUUAGUUGACGAGGGCGUCUUGGAAUUCACGGCACGAUAUUAGCAGGGCGUUAGGGAUUGCAUUGCAUGUUGAGGCGCGCUGUCUGUCUGUCUAUCUGUUUGCUAGGCUAGGUUAUGUUACGAUAACAUAAUGCUAUGAUGUCUGCGCUCGUACUAUGUAAUUAAUUAGCUAGGUAAUUCAUCAAUCAAUCAAGAAAGCUAUAUUGCUCAGG